AAUGAGUCCAGCCAGCUGCAGCCAUGUUGGAAAAGCUCAAGCUCCAGCACUACUAACAGCUAGCGUCAGUGGACACCCACUACCGGGCACGGCGCUGUUGAGGACAAAAACAGACAGGGAGAGGGACUCAUAACGGAGAGAUACAGCCACCAAGCCGGUUCUGAUAUCAACGGGUUCAUACAUUUUCAAACUUACUGGCUGGAAAAGGUGGCCGGUUACGGAGAGUAACUUUAGGUGCGGCCGGGGCUCCAAGGCUAAAGCGGAUAUUUCCAGAAUAUCAUACUACGCUGAAUAUGACGGCAAGUUAGCCGCAGCGGGAGCAUCUGAAUCGGGCAUGGCGUCGUCUUCUUACUUGGAACCCAACCUCAACCACUCCGCAGUGGGUGGUUGUGGGGUUAAAUCCAGGUCUGGGAUGCCUGGUGGUACCGGUGUUGGUACAAGCGGCUCUGCUGGAGGCCUUGAGCGGCCCUCAGGCUCCAUGGACCGGGUUCUGAAGAUCUUCCAUUAUUUUGAGACAAACAGCGAACCGUGUACCUGGGCUAGUAAUAUCAGGCAUGGAGAUGCUACAGAUGUCAGGGGUGUUAUCCAAAAGAUAGCAGAGAUCCACAAAUUGCGCUGCGUGUCCUCUCUGGGCCUCCGUCUGACCCAUCUGCACUCUGAUGCACUCCAUUGGUUACACCCUGAUUUGGGCGUGUGUCACAUCAGGGAGAAAUACGAGAAACAGCACCCCCAGGAGGAGUGGAGGUAUGAGUUGCGGAUGCGGUACCUUCCUAAAGGUUACCUCAGCCAUUUCUCUGAAGACAAACCAUCUCUUAACUACCUCUAUCACCAGGUAAAGUGUGACUACAUGCAUCAUAUAGCUGAUCAGGUGGAUCAAGAUGUUGCUCUGAAACUGGGCUGUUUGGAAAUCAGGAGGUUCUUUAGAGAGAUGCCAGGCAAUGCCCUGGAUAAGAAAUCCAAUUAUGAACUACUAGAGAAAGACGUUGGUUUGAGAAGGUUCUUCCCCAAAAGCCUGCUGGACUCCCUCAAGGCGAAGACUCUUCGUAAGCAGAUCCAGCAGACCUUCAAGCAGUUUGCUAACCUCAAUGAUGAGCAGAGCAUCCACAAGUUCUUUGAGAUACUCUCACCCAUCUACCGCUUUGACAAAGAGUGCUUCAAAUGUGCUUUGGGGUCUAGUUGGGUAAUAUCAGUAGAGUUAGCUAUUGGACCAGAAGAAGGAAUCAGCUACCUCACAGAUAAAGGCUCAAUGCCUACACACUUAGCUAACUUUAACCAGGUUCAGUCCAUCCAGUACUCUGCUUUGGAAGAGAAGGACAGGAAAGGCAUGUUGCAGCUCAAUGUAGCAGGAGCUCCCGAGCCCCUCACAGUCACCACGGCAUUGCUGACUACGGCAGAAAACAUGGCUGACUUGAUUGACGGCUACUGUCGGCUUGUUUCCUUAGCUACUCACUCCUUCAUUGUCAGAGUCCACAAAGAGGGGGACAGAGCUCUGCCGUCCAUCCCCAAAGUUUCAAAUCAUGAGAGGCGAAUGGAAAAACGGAUGGAUGGAGUACGGACCCGCGCUGUUUGUGUCUCAGAAACGGACGACUAUGCUGAGAUCAUAGAUGAGGAGGACACAUAUACCAUGCCUUCAACACGGGACUAUGAGAUUCAGCGAGAUCGUAUUGAGUUGGGACGCUGCAUAGGUGAGGGUCAGUUUGGAGACGUCCACCAAGGAGUCUACAUCAGCCCGGAGAAUCCAGCCCUGUCUGUGGCAGUGAAGACGUGUAAGAACUCAACGUCAGACAGUGUCAGGGAAAAGUUUCUCCAAGAAGCACUGACCAUGCGUCAGUUUGACCACCCUCACAUUGUGAAGCUGAUGGGAGUCAUCACAGAUAAUCCAGUCUGGAUCAUCAUGGAGCUCUGCACACUCGGAGAGCUACGGUCAUUUCUCCAGGUGAGGAAGUACAGUCUUGACUUGGCCAGUCUCAUCUUGUACUCAUACCAGCUCAGCACGGCACUGGCUUAUCUGGAGAGCAAGCGCUUUGUACACAGGGACAUCGCAGCGCGGAACGUGUUGGUGUCUACAGUCGACUGUGUAAAACUUGGGGACUUUGGUUUGUCUCGAUACAUGGAAGAUAGCUCUUAUUAUAAAGCUUCUAAAGGUAAACUGCCUAUUAAGUGGAUGGCUCCAGAAUCAAUCAACUUCAGACGGUUUACCACAGCCAGUGACGUCUGGAUGUUUGGCGUCUGUAUGUGGGAGAUCCUAAUGUUCGGCAUUAAGCCUUUCCAAGGUGUGAAGAACAACGAUGUCAUCGGCAGGAUAGAGAACGGCGAGCGACUGGCGAUGCCCCCUCAAUGCCCUCCUACUCUCUACAGCUUGAUGACAAAGUGUUGGUCGUAUGAUCCCAGCAAGAGGCCACGCUUCACUGAACUCAAAACACAACUGAGCACUAUAUUAGAGGAGGAGAAGCUCCAGCAGAAGGAGAGGAGCAGGAUGGAGAUGAGGAGACAGGUCACUGUUUCUUGGGACUCUGGAGGGACUGAUGAAGCACCACCAAAACCUAGUAGACCAGGCUAUCCCAGUCCUCGCUCGAGUGAAGGCUUUUAUCCCAGUCCCCAACAUCCUGGACACUACCAGAUGGCAGGCUACCCAGGCCCUCACACCCUCCCCUCGGUGCCCAGCGCCCUGUACCCCCCACCGGCUGCAAUGCUGGACACACACCACGCGCACACACACCCCCGCCACCACGUCCACACACACUCGCACGCACAGCACCUCCCCCAUCCACAUGGGCACGACAUGGCACUAUGGGGCUCUGCGAUGGAGGACAGGGCAGUAGACAUGCAGCAGUGUGUAGGCCAGCAGUGCCUGUUAAUGGAGGAACAGCUGAUGAUACAACAACAGCAGAUGGAGGAGGACCAGAGGUGGCUGGAGCAGGAGGAAAGGCUGCUGAAACCAGACUCUAGAAGUUCUAGAGGGAGUCUGGACAGAGAAGACGGUGGACUCCAACCACCGACAGGAAACCAGCACAUAUACCAGCCCGUUGGCAAGCCAGAGCAUGCAGCUCCCCCAAAGAAACCCCCUCGACCUGGGGCCCAGAGCCAAGUGGGCAGUCUGGCCUGUCUGAACACUGGAGAUAGUUACAACGAUGGAGUCAAGCCCUGGCGGCUGCAGCCCCAAGAGAUAAGCCCGCCCCCCACCGCCAAUCUGGAUCGCUCCAACGACAAGGUGUACGAGAACGUGACCGGAUUGGUCAAAGCUGUGAUUGAGAUGUCAAGCAAGAUUCAGCCAGCUCCUCCAGAGGAAUACGUUCCCAUGGUCAAGGAUGUGGGUCUGGCAUUGAGGACAUUAUUGGCCACAGUGGAUGAGACUCUACCACAACUUCCAGCCAGUACACACAGAGAGAUCGAGAUGGCACAGAAACUUCUGAACUCUGACUUGGCAGAGCUGAUUGGGAAGAUGAAGUUAGCCCAACAAUAUGUGAUGACCAGUCUCCAGCAGGACUAUAAGAAGCAGAUGUUGACAGCGGCUCACGCUCUUGCAGUUGAUGCCAAGAACCUGUUAGAUGUCAUCGACCAAUCACGGCUCAAGAUGAUGUCCCAGUCCCGCCCGCACUAGCCCCACGACAGCUGAGCUGACCAACAGGAACUGGUCUGUUAUUUGAGAGACAGCAUCAUUCUGGAUACUGUGGAUAAAAGUGAAUUCAUGAUAUGUGAGAGUUAUCGGAGCUGACUGCUUUACAUCAAAGGAGCAAACAGCAGCUCUGCUACUUUGACAACAGUCCGUGAAGAAUCAUUAGAUGUUGAAUCCUGUGUAAGCUGAGGUCGCCUCUCCACCACUGUGACUUUUCGUAAUACAAGAGCAGAGCAAAAACACUUUCUGAAUCAGGGACUUGGCAGCUUCACCCUCUUUGGACUGUAAUAUGAUGAUGAGAGGAGGAAAAGCGAAGAGGAGGAGUGAUGAUUUUCAAACUGUGGGUCAGUACCUGAGAGGAUCAUUGGGUCCUAGACUUAAAAGGUUUAGAAACCUCCAACAGAAACACGAUCAUGGCAGCAAUUGGAUCUGGAACUGUUGCCAUUGGGUUUAUUACUCUUUUUAAGCAUAGCCAUCAGAACCUGAUCAUACUGCGUUUGAUCUGCAACAUACCUGCAUGAAACUUCACCGUAGGAAUGGACUUAGAUGUCAGCCAGCAGCCAUGUCACAUGUUGAUAUCGUGUGUUGUGAGCCCCUGGAUGUGAACGUUCUCCUCUGCUGAAUACCUCCACAUCACCAUGGAUUCUUUUAAAUUGGCAGAUCAAACCACUUGGUAUCCUAUUCAGCUCUGGUCAAAUGUGGUGCUUCAACAAGGGACGUUCACAGUAAAGACGGUCUUGGUUUGGAGAAGCCGCCUCCCAUCCCAUCGCUCUUCCCAUUUCUCCUUUUCCAUCCAUUCCCGUCCUCCCUCCCUCUCACCAGGUUUUAUUUAUAGACUCAGAAAUUGCAGAGGAGGAGACGGAGGGAGAGACGGGUAUUAAAACUUGAGGACAGUCUAGCACCGGUCUGCUGCCUGAAGAAUGAACAAACUUUUCUCGUCUCUUCACUCACUUUCCUUUCCUUUUGUUCUCACUGUUCGUCUCCUUCUUGACGUCUUCCUCAGCUCCUCUCUGAGCCGGUUUUAAAGACUCCAAAUGUGAAGAAUCCAACUCUGUCUGGGUAAACACCGCAGACAGGAAACUCCCUACUCGCACUCAAUUUACUUUUUUUAUCGGCUGGCUCCAUGUUUUUUGUGUUGUUUCAGCAGUCACAAUCUUCUUCCUCUGUACUGAAAACUGUUUGUAACUUGGAAUACAAGCAAAUAUCCAAUCCCAGCAUUGACAAAAAAAACAAACAGAAGGUGAAUUUUGAGAAUUCAGUCUGAGUGACUGGACGCUCUUAUUUGUCCCAGAGGAAGAGGAGGACAUCAUGUCUCAGACUGGUCACUGAGCUUGACUGAAGCAUUUCUGUGAGGACAGUGUCUCCUCUCUCCCUCGUUUUUUCCUCACCUACAGUCCCAAUAUCGUGAAGUUGUUCCUAAUUACAACACUGGUGCCACACCUUUAACUGUCCCCUCACCCAGCGGUGUCUUAAAGUGAAUUUACUGGGGACACAAACAAACCUCACAACUGGAACCUCUGUGCUUUUGAGUCUCAGUUUCUGUCAGGUGUAACUCUUUAAAUGUGUCCCUCCUAGCAACAGUCCCCAGGGAAACAAACAAACAAACACACACACAUGAAAUGUGGAGCCACAUGAGUGGAACUUGUCUUGCAGACACAAAACACUGAACUGAAAAUACAGCAGAUCACACGUGUCUUUGUUAAUAGUGACCCCCACAUGACAUACUGCUAUAUGAAAUAUACUGGUGGUUGUUCUAGUAUAGCAUGAUAUACUGGUAUGGAAAAGAGCAUAUUUGCACAGCACCAAAUUAAAAAUCGUAACUUUUUUUUAGCCCUAUUUUACCCAGACUUGAUUUUCCAGGUUUAGCCAGCAACGAAACUCUCAAAUAUCUGGGUUUUUUAGGGAUAAAAAAAAAAAAGUUGGGAAAAAAAAAACAAUCUAUUUUAUCGUUGCGUAAAUCUGCUCAUGUUAGUAUAUUGUAAGUUAUACUGGUGUGAAUCACUGGUGAAUUGUACAGAACUAGUACUAGUAAACACUGGUUUUUAUUUUGUCUUCUGGGCUAAAUCAGCCAUCUUGUCAAAUAGGAGGAGAAAAAAAAAGCAAUGAAAUAAAAAUAAUGACGAAAUGGAAA